AUGCUUCCAAGGGACAUCGCAUUUGGGGUUUUCCUCUUAGUUCAAAUUGGUGUUGGUGUUGUUGGGAACUCAUUUCUCUUCAUGUUGUAUACGUACAUCUUCUUCACACAGCCUCACCUGAAGAAGACCAUAGACGUGAUUUUCAUACACCUGACAUCUGUCAAUAUUUUGACCAUCACUUUCAGAGUGGUACCAGAUAUCACAUCAUCCUUUGGAGUAAGACAUCUUCUGGACACUGUGGGUUGUAAAGCAGUUCUGUGCCUGUACAGAGUCACCCGGGGUGUUUCCAUCUGCACUACGUCUCUGCUGAGUGUGUUUCAGGCCAUCACUGUCAGCCCCGGUCAUUCUAAAUGGGCGUGGCUGAAACCUAAGCUCCCCAGCUGGAUUCUCCCCUCUUUCCUGUGCUUCUGGAUUGCUAACAUGGUGUUCUGGAUCUAUGUCAAUGACUCUGUAACAGCCAACUUGAACGUCACUGUCGUUGGUCGGGGAUUUGUUCAUGCAUAUUGUCACAACAGGCAGGCUGAAGGUCACCGCUCAGUGUCCCUUUUCGUUGUCAUGGUGAUCCAUGACGUCCUGUUUGUGACUCUGAUGGUCAGGAGCAGCCUGUACAUGGUGUGUAUCCUCUACAGACACCGCAGGAGAGCCUGGCACAUCCACAGCCGCAGCCUUUCUUCUCAGACAUCUCCUGAAAGCAAAGCCACCCACACGGUCCUUUUGCUGGUAUUUUGCUUUAUGUUCUUUUAUUUCUCCAACAACGUUGCCACCUUUUAUUUGUUUUAUAGACCUGAGAAAAAUCCAGAAAUGGAAAAGAUUACUGGGAUAAUCGCUUCAUGUUACCCAACCAUCUGUCCUUUUGUGCUGAUGACAAAUAAUAAAAUGAUCUCCAGUCUACUUCCCCCCAUGCAAAGGUGA